GUCACGUUGUAUGAGAUCGAACAGACCGCUAAGCAGUAGCGAGAAUAUAGGCAAUGACAGGCAGUGAACGGUAGCAGCAGCAGACUGGCAGAAUGCCCAUGUGAAAUUUCUCGCAAACCGGCUGCAUGGAUAUUGACAUUAAGUGUAUUGAUUUGUUCACGUGUCUUAUCGUAUAUGAGUCUGAACUUCAGGCUUAGCGUUUCUGGAUAAAUAUUUAAUGUCGAUGGUGUCGCUUGGUAAUACGCUAAAUAUUAACACAAAAAUGUCACCAAGAAUUCCCCAACCCUAGACCUGCUUGCUCGGCACGAUCACAGACAAUGCAUUCCAGUAUUCUUACAACGGCAGCCUUGUCAAUGAUAUAUGUCGCCUCGGUGGGUGCUUCUGUCGGAGACAGAUCAUGGAUUUAUCAGAAGUGUGUGAAAAACUGCAGCACAAGCAACUGUACGGACGUAGAGACGUUUCUUAAAAAACAACCAUAUCAUCUUCAGUUGUUGCAGUGGAACUGUACCGAUGAAUGUCAAUAUGAGUGUAUGUGGUCAACUGUUGAGGCUUUAAGACGUGAUGGAAGUGGAGUUCCACAGUUCCAUGGGAAGUGGCCGUUUGUCCGCGUCCUUGGGGUACAGGAGCCUGCAUCCACUCUGUUCUCCAUCCUCAACGCCUUGUCCCGCCUGGGGAUGAUCAGGUUUCGGUCGCAGGUGUCCAAGUCCUGCCCUCUCUACUAUGUCUGGCACGGGGAAGCUAUGGUUGCGAUUAAUGCUUGGACGUGGUCCACUGUCUUCCAUACAAGAGACACCGACUUCACCGAGAAAAUGGACUAUUUCUUUGCCUUUUCCAUUGUGCUUUACAAUGUGUUUAUCUUCAGCUGCAGGAUUCUGGGGACGAAAGUAAGAUGGCGUCAGUGCCUGGUGGGUGUGAUCCUUCUCGUCAUCUACGCACAACACAUCUACUAUCUCCAUUUCAUAAAGUUUGACUACGGUUAUAACAUGAAGAUGAAUUUAUUCUUUGGCAUCGUGAACUUGGUCGGAUGGUUGAUCUUGUGUGGCGUGAAGUACAAGAAACAACGCUAUGUGUGGAAGUGUGCUGCUGUUGUUUUAGGAAUCAAUGCGUUGUUGUUGCUGGAGUUGUUUGACUUUCCGCCAUUGUGGUGGGCGCUGGAUGCACAUGCACUGUGGCAUGCUGGGACGGCUCCCCUCGGGUGGCUGUUGUACAGUUUUAUCAUAGACGAUUCCCUGUAUCUGAAGCAGUGGGAAGAAGACAUGGCACUCAAACUGGAUUAACAACAACAACAACAACAACAACAACAACUACAGAUAGCAUCAUCAUCAACAACACAAAGGAGUUGAUGAACAAGGGAGAUAUAUCUAUGGAUGUACAACUUCUUUAUAACAAUGCAUGCCACUUUUCGGUGUAGGUACUAACACCGUUGUCAAUUGACUUAUCUCCCUUGAUCAUCAUACCAACUUCUGAAUCAUUCGUCACCACUCGCCCCUUUCCGUAACCUGCAAGAAGACUUGUCCCCCCUAUGGAUGAAUGUUAUGUGAGAAAAAAAGACAAACCAAUCAGAAUGCGUGUAUGAUUUUAAGAUCUUCCUCAAAGAAUCCCUCAGAAAUAAUUUUUGAUUUUACAUGUCUUGCAUCUAAAAAUAUACCUGACACAGUUAAAUGUGUUCAACAAUCAUACUGUAUAAUUCCGCAUGUCCCGAUGUGCUUUAAAUUACAUCUGCAAUAUAUAUAACAUG